AUGUAUGCCAAAGAAUACCGCGACCGCAAGCCGGCUCGCAAGAUCAUCAGGAUGGAUCCUGACUGCGCCAUAUGUCACGCACCAGCGACCGCUGGCUGCGACUGCGAAGCCCAGGGGCUAGAAGUGGCCAUCCGUCAGGCGGAAACCCGAAUGAUGACGUCCAUCUACGAUGACAUCCGCAACUGGGUACGAUCACACGCACGGGACUAUAUCCUCUCGUACUUUGAGCUCCUCAAAGACCGCCGCAUGCAAGCCCACGAGCAGCACAUCGAGCGCGUCACAGCACAGGCAUUUCACUAUUAUCAUGCUCCACCGCAUCCAAGCGACGUGGCUGCCGCCCAGGCCACGUUGAAGCGCGGCAUUGACGAGGACUGGCAGUCGUCUGUCCAGCGCUAUCCAGAGGUCCUCGAGUACUACUUCAGCCUCGUCGAGCUAAUGCUGCCAAACGACAACGACCCCAUGGUCCGGGACCCGCCUCUCAGCGCCCUCUCGGGCUCUCGCAAGGCCAGUCGCCGGGGCCCCUUCACUGCCCCUGCAGCAAUACCAAACGGAACCGCCACUCCUGGCCCCAGCAGCGCCCAGGGAGUCACUGGCCCCAUCUACCAGCACUACCCAAGAGAGGCGCUUCCACGUGGACGGACACCCCCCCCGUCCCUGUGCCGCCCGAGAGCAGCCGGAGAACACCGGUUGCUCGAGAACGCCGUCCGACCUUCCGCCAGAAUCCACCACCACCAGCUCCUGCAUCCUCCUACUAUCCUCCCUACUGAGAGCUGA